CUUUGACAUCCAAAGGGACCCUCUCACCCAUAAUAGCUCAAAGAGACAAAAAGGGAAGGCACACCCCUCUCCCAUCCACCAUUCUCGACCAGAACCACCCAAGGAAAGAAGGGAGAGCUAUACAACUCCAUUCCCAUAGCCAAAUUCGAAGCUCAAGCUUAAGGAGUCCAAAGAAGGGGUUUUAAGGAGGAAAAAGUGAAGAAAAGUGUGAAAGAUUAAGGCACUUGUAAAGGGUGAUUUAAGAACUUUCACGAAGUUGAAAGAGUUACCGGAGUUGUCGCCGGAGUUCAUCAAAGUUCGCCGGAGUUUCAUCGGAGUUCAACCGGGAAGGGUAGAACUUCAUAACACUCAUUCGAGGUUGAAGCUAAGGCUAGCUAUCCACACUUUGCUCGGUGAAGUAUUCCAAAGGAAGACGUGGUCCUUUGACGGCACCGGCGACAUUACCGUUGCCGCCGAUUGGAUCAAGAAGGUGAAGGAUGCAUCGAGAGACAUGCAAAUUACACCGGACGUGAAGCUAACCGUCGCUUCACGGUUGCUUGAGGGGAUGGCUUCUACAUGGUGGGAAGGUGUGGAAGGGAAAUACCGCGGGGACAUCUCAUGGGAGAAUUUUGAGCGGGAAUUUUAUGCCCAAUACUACUCCGAUUUCGAGGUUAAUGUGAAAAGGAGGGAGUAUACCAACCUCAAGCAGAAGGAGGGUUGCACCGUUAAACAACUAGAGCAAGAGUUUAGAACCCUGGCUAGGUUCUUACCGGAGUAUGCGAUUGAUGAGGACCGCAUGACCAAGCACUACUGGGAUGCCUUACUCUUAGACAUCCGAGAUCGUGCUACGUACUCACGCCUCAUGACUUUUAGUGAGGUGGUAGAACAAGGCAUGCUGGGGGAGGCCCGGUGGAAUGAAAGGAAAGCAAGAGAUGCCGAAGAGGCAAAAAAGAGGAAGUGGAAUAGUUCGGGGCCGCCCGAUCAUUCCCGAAGGAACAACCACGGUGGUGGUGGUGGUGGCUCAUUCAAGGCACCGGCUCCACCGGCAAAGAAGAAUAGGGACGCGAGGUGGCACGGACCUAGGCCACAAAACUCGGGGGCACCUAGAUGUCCCAAUUGCUCAAAACAGCACUUUGGGAAGUGCAAUGAACCACCGAGAUGUUUUAAAUGCGGGAAUGCGGGCCAUAUGAAGGCCAAUUGCCCUCAAUUGAUGCAAGAGAGUGCAUCGGGAGCCGGGGGAGGGACCAUGACAGGAAGGAAUCGUGCGGGACCGUCACACGGUGGAACGGGAAGAGGCGGCGCGUCAACAAGCAAUGCCGCGUCCGUCAACCAAGGCGGAGCCCAAGUAAGGGUCUACGCGAUGACCGAGGCCGAUGCUCGGUCCAACCCCGACUCCGUUGCAGGAACCUUAAAGAUCAAUGGUAGAAACGCAAGAAUCCUCAUUGAUACCGGGGCACAACGUUCAUUCGUGAGUGAAGUGUUUGCCGAAAGUUUAGGCGUACCGUUGAUAGCAAUGACCCAACCCUUGUUGGUCUCUACACCGUUGGGAGACGAUGUGGAGAGGAAACACUACUAUCCAUCGUGUGAGGUAGAAGUGACGGGUCAACCCUUGACUUGUGACUUCGUACCUCUAAGUAUGUUGGAGUUCGAUGCAAUCCUAGGGAUGGAUUGGCUCGAGAAGUAUCAUGCUCGGGUAGAUUGCUACGCCAAGGUGUUAGAACUCAAAGACGCUGAUGGAAACGCUCUACGUUUCGAGGGAGAUCUGGGAGGAUCUCAUAGUUGUAUCAUAUCCGUGAUGAGGGCACGGAAGAUGAUGAAGAAGGGAUGCCACGCAUACCUGGCUUACGUGGUUGACGAGACAAAGAAGGAGGCUGACAUCAACGAUGUACGCGUCGUGUGCAAGUAUCCGGAUGUCUUUCCCAAAGACUUGCCGGGACUUCCACCCGAUAGAGAGAUCGAGUUUGUGAUCGAAGUAGAGCCGGGAACAAAACCCAUUUCGAUUCCUCCUUAUCGAAUGGCACCGGCAGAGCUUCAAGAGUUGAAGGUCCAAUUUCAAGAGCUAUUGGACAACGGCUUCAUUAGACCUAGUCAUUCACCGUGGGGAGCACCGGUACUCUUCGUGAAGAAGAAGGAUGGUACAUUGAGAAUGUGCAUAGACUACCGACAGUUGAACAAGGUCACAAUCAAGAAUAGGUAUCCUUUACCGAGGAUUGAUGACUUGUUCGAUCAACUUCGGGGGGCGAUGGUGUUCUCAAAGAUUGAUUUGAGGUCGGGUUAUCAUCAGUUGAAGAUCAAGGAGAGUGACAUACCCAAGAGUGCAUUCCGCACUAGAUAUGGUCACUAUGAGUUUCUGGUGAUGUCAUUUGGGUUAACCAAUGCACCGGCAGCAUUCAUGGACUUGAUGAACCGAGUGUUUAGUGAAUACUUAGAUCAAUUUGUGAUAGUAUUCAUUGAUGACAUCUUGAUAUACUCCCAGAACGAGGAGGAGCAUGAACACCACUUGAGACUUGUACUUGAACGACUUAGAGAAAAACAACUCUUUGCCAAGUUCUCCAAAUGUGAAUUUUGGCUUAAAGAGAUUGGCUUUCUCGGGCAUGUCAUAUCCGGUUCGGGCGUUGCUGUGUAUAACGCCAAGAUAAAAGACAUCAUUGAUUGGGAGAGACCCAAAAAUGUGAAAGAAAUACGUAGUUUCCUUGGCCUAGCGGGAUACUAUCAUAAGUUCGUAGAGAAAUUUUCCGUGUUGGCAUCUCCAUUGACGAAGCUCACAAAGAAGGGGGCUAAGUUUAUAUGGGAUGACAAAUGUGAGAAAGGGUUUCUUGAACUGAAGAAACGACUCACCGAGGCACCAGUUCUUACUCUACCCAAGCAGGGGAUAGGGUACGAUAUCUAUAGCGAUGCUAGCAUCCAAGGACUUGGGUGUGUGUUGAUGCAAAGGGGUAAGGUGAUUGCCUACGCUUCAAGGCAAUUGAGGAAACAUGAAGUGAACUACCCUACCCACGAUCUAGAGUUGGGGGCGGUGGUGUUUGCUCUGAAAAUUUGGAGGCAUUAUCUCUACGGGGAGACAUGUCACAUUUAUACCGAUCAUAAUAGCUUGAAGUAUGUAUUCACUCAGAAAGAGUUGAAUAUGAGGCAGAGGAGAUGGAUGGAGUUGAUCAAGGACUACGACUUGAUCAUCGAGUACCAUCCCGGAAAGGCCAAUGUAGUGGCCGAUGCACUGAGCAGGAAGAGUACGUCAGGGACGUUACUCACAUGUCUACAGGCAUUGAGGGCACGCGUAGAGGUUUCCACGUGUGGGACCCUCAUUGCUAGGUUCGAGGUUAGGCCUACAUUACUGGGUGAGAUCAGCAGAUGUCAGGCCAUUGAUGAGGAAUGUCAGAAGAUCCGCGAACGGAUCCUUGAGGGGCCCGUUGAGAACUUUCGUAUACGUGAUGAUGGUCUGCUGUUAUUUAAAGAUCGUGUUUGCAUACCAAAGGAUGAAGGACUCCAAAAGUCCAUACUUGAGGAGGCUCAUUCUUCGGCCUAUGCCAUGCAUCCAGGGGGUACUAAGAUGUACCGAGACUUGAAAGAAAGUUAUUGGUGGUCAGGGAUGAAGAGGGACAUCGCACAAUAUGUGAACCGAUGCCUUACUUGCCAGCAGGUUAAGGCGGAGCAUCAACACCCGGCAGGGCUUUUGCAGCCACUUACCAUUCCAGAAUGGAAGUGGGAACAUGUGACCAUGGACUUCGUGGUAGGGCUACCACGGACAGUGAACAACUAUGACGCGGUUUGGGUAGUGAUUGAUAGGAUCACCAAGAGCGCACACUUCUUACCUAUCAACAUUACUUAUCCUCUUGAAAGGUUGGCCAAGUUAUAUGUGGAAGAGGUUGUGAGAUUGCAUGGAGUCCCGAUAUCCAUUGUCUCGGAUAGGGAUCCACGGUUCACAUCCAGGUUUUGGCCAAAGUUUCAAGCAUCUUUGGGUACUAAACUGAAGUUUAGCACAGCCUUUCACCCACAGACAGAUGGACAAUCUGAGCGGGUGAUACAGAUUUUGGAAGACAUGCUUAGGGCAUGUGCCUUGGAGUUCCAAGGGAGUUGGGACAAACACCUGGCUUUGGUGGAGUUUGCCUAUAACAACAGUUAUCAGGCAAGUAUUGGCAUGCCUCCGUACGAAGCACUGUACGGGAGGAAGUGUAGGACACCAUUGUGUUGGGACGAGGUUGGUGAGGCCAAGCUCGAGGGAAUAGAACUUGUUGAGAUCACCAAGGCUAAGGUGAAAAUCAUUCGUGACAGACUUAAAGCUGCCCAAGAUCGGCAGAAGAGCUAUGCAGACAAACGGCGGAGGCCGUUGGAGUUUGAGGUCGGGGAUGAAGUUUUUCUAAGGAUUUCUCCUUGGAAAGGCAUCAUCCGAUUCGUAUCAAGGGGUAAGCUUAACCCUCGAUACAUUGGUCCAUUCGAAAUCCUUGAAAGGAUUGGGGCCGUGGCGUACCGUCUCAAGUUGACACCGGAACUUGAGAAGAUUCAUGAUGUGUUUCAUGUAUCGAUGCUCAAGAAGUAUGUGCGGGACCCGUCACAUAUUCUUGAGAAGCCACCGGUGGAGAUCCGAGAGGACUUGCAAUACGCAGUAGAACCGGUAAAGAUAGUGGGCCAACAGGUAAAGAAGCUUAGGAACAAGGAGAUUCCUAUGGUGAAGGUGCUUUGGAGGAGUGAUCGAGUCGAAGAAGAAACCUGGGAGACCGAGGUCUCAAUGAGGGAGCAAUACCCGGUUCUUUUCGAUUAGACACGUUGAUUUCGGGGACGAAAUCCCAAAUAAGGGGGGGUGAACUUGUAACACCGUCCCCAAAUAUAUUUACCGUUAUGUAAAUUAUGUAUUGAAUAUGGUGUAUUGAGUAAUGAAUUUACGAGGUUGUAAAUUUUUGUUAUUCUUUUGCGUGAAUAGUAAAUUCCACGUGGGGCCCACACUCGGAGCGGGGGUAACCCGAUAACACGAGACCACAUGUUAUAUUCAUCUUGGUCUAGAUAAUACUUACAUGGUGGUGGAAAUUCAUAAUGGACCAUAAGAAAGGCAUUGGGUUGACCGGUUUGUCAAACAGGGCCCAAUUACCAGUACCGACAAUGUUUUCAGAUAACGGUCCGAAAUGAAUUUCGGAGACUUUUAAAUUAAAGUUGGGGAAUGUACAUUCAUUCUAUAGACCCAUAAUUGUUAUGGACAUGUAAUAUAUUUUAUUUUGACCCGAUAAAAUAAAGUAUAGUUAAAACAGUCCGAGAAAUACAACUUUCGGGGCAGAAUGGACACUUUGGGACAUAUAAGGGUGACCUCCCACUUGGGUGGGGGCCACCCCACGAAUUUAUCAAUCAAUGGGGGGCUGAGUGAUUCCAAAUUGGCUGAGAGCUCUUGAGAGGAUGGGGGGAACACCUUUGACAUCCAAAGGGACCCUCUCACCCAUAAUAGCUCAAAGAGACAAAAAGGGAAGGCACACCCCUCUCCCAUCCACCAUUCUCGACCAGAACCACCCAAGGAAAGAAGGGAGAGCUCUACAACUCCAUUCCCAUAGCCAAAUUCGAAGCUCAAGCUUAAGGAGUCCAAAGAAAGGGUUUUAAGGAGGAAAAAGUGAAGAAAAGUGUGAAAGAUUAAGGCACUUGUAAAGGGUGAUUUAAGAACUUUCACGAAGUUGAAAGAGUUACCGGAGUUGUCGCCGGAGUUCAUCAAAGUUCGCCGGAGUUUCAUCGGAGUUCAACCGGGAAGGGUAGAACUUCAUAACACUCAUUCGAGGUUGAAGCUAAGGCUAGCUAUCCACACUUUGCUCGGUGAAGUAUUCCAAAGGAAGACGUGGAUGUGCUUCCUUUACUGUUUUAAACUACAAACUUGCUCAUGGAUACUUUGUAAUAAAUACAUUUGUUUUGGGCCUGCGUGCCUACGUUUUGGCCAUGUGUGGCCCAUGAUUGAAUAUUGAAUAUUUCCGCUAUUCA